GUUCUAUGCAACAUAUUUGCACAAGUGUGGAUUUGCUGCUUGGUUGUCAGCCUUUCAUUCGCUGGAAUCAGUCAAAAACCUAUACAAUGUCAUGAACUGCAAGCAAGAACCCUACUAAUUCCCCAAAGAUUUGAUAAGGACCACAGAAGCUGACUCAUCACAAUAUAUCAUGAUGGGGAAAAAGCUGGUGGCAGCACAGAACCGUGGGGAAAUCAGGGCACUCUUCCUGGGCUUGGGAAUGUUGGCAUGCUCAGUGCUGAUGUAUUUCUUUAUUGGAACCACCAUUGUGCCAAAAUACAAGAGGAGCAUCUGGACUAAAGAGAGUAUAUGCAAAUUGAUGAAAGCCAGCAUCAAAGAAAAAGUCUACUGCAUAUUCAACAAGGAUUCUGGAGAAGAGAAUAUAUUUCGCUAUCCAUGCCUAGUAGUCCAGGUCAAUUUGACUGCCUUUGGACAGAUGGCAAUGCUCUAUCACAAAGAAGAUACCUGGAUAAGAAAUCCUAAGUGCUCCUACAUUCCUGGCAAUUUGGAGAAUUAUACUCAAGUGGAAAAGGAAGUGGAAAGUGUAAAAAAAAAAUUCACAAAGGUCAAGACAUUUCCUUGUUUUUAUGACCCAUCAAGAUCAGAAUCCAGUGUUAUUUUAACACGAUUGUAUUCUCCAGAUGGCCUUGUCUACACUUUGAUUUGGCCAACUUUAAUGAUGACUGGUGGGAUCUUAAUUAUAAUCUUGGUUAAAAUAAGUCAGGGUUUGUCAGUCUGUACUGCCUCACAAUACACAAGAGGUGUAUAGCAUAGCGUCAGUCUUUAUUUCAUGUUCGCUAACCUGCAUAUCAGGGAAGCUAGACGUUGUCUCAAUUUAUACACUGUGGACUAACAAGACAUAAAGGAAACACAGAAUUUCCUACAGCUGAAAGCCACUCAAAUAUAUUUCUUGAGACACACAAUUAUUUUGGAUUUGGUUUAGAAUUAUGUGAUGGUCAGAAGUGAGAGAUGGCAUUUUCACAUGCACAGCUACUGAGCAUGUGUACUUACAUAACAUACUUAACCAAUAGAUUUACAGCAGCAGUUUGCACAGGCCAACUUGGCACAUACUUGAGUUCUUCAGGAAGCUGUUUGCAGGUGAGAUUUUUGAAGUUUAUCCAUCACAAUAAACUUAAUUGUUUCACAAAAUAUAGGAACAGGCACAAUCAAAUUCUGGGGGAUAAAAAGGAACUUCUUUGAUCGAAGAGCUUCUUGUGCGAGCAGUUAGAUAUAAUCAGCUUACCAAAGGCUAUUAAAUAUGGUGUCCAGAAUUGACAGCCUAUUAUUUUAUUAACCACAUUAUCGAGUCAACCAAUACCAAAGGAAGGAGUUGGGAACAUCACAUUUAUGUGUAUGAGCACACACGUACCCUCACACCCAUUUAGGAGUGAGUCUUUCCAGUCCAUUAACAAGAGUAUAAUGAUAAGGAUUGAAAUUAGACUUUUGGACUGAUGCUUGGUCUUUAUUUGCUGCUUCUUGAAACAGUGGGCCAAUACUAAAGGUUCCAGAAUGGUUAGAUAUUGUGCACAUCAGUUAGAUAUUGUGCGCAUUAGCCAAUAAGGAUUGUUUGCAUCACUUAAGAAUUUCAUAGUUUCAUAAAGCUUAGGUUGCUCU